AUGCUCGCCGAGACCGCCGACGUGGCGGUGGGCUACGAGGAGCAGGCGAUCGGAAGAGCGGCCCGGCACGGGCAGCAGCGGGACGUGGUGCACGUGUGGCGCUUCGUCACCGAGGGCACGGUCGAGCAGACCAUCUCGGACCGCAACAUGGCGGCCAUGGCGGCCCGCGAGGCAGCUGGUCACCGGGCGCCCGCGCCGGCCGCGACGCGCGCGCGGCAAGGGCGCUGCAAAGGCCGCGGCAGAGGCCGAGGCCGCGGGGGGCGCGGCCAGGAUGACCUUUGGUACUUCCCCGACCUGUCGGCCCAUUAUGCCGAUCUCUUCGGUAGUGGCUCCGACCCCGACUCUGGCAUGGAGUUGGCAUGGCCGCGCUGA